GGAACAAACUGUCAUAGCCUCUUGCGUUCUCUCUCUCUCUCUCUCUUCUCUGUCAAACCAGUUUCUCAUCAAUCUCCAUCCAUGUCAAUAGGCCAUUGCCAAAGGCACCAAGAUUCCCAAAUAUCCCAAGAGGCUAAGUAGUAAGUUCCAAAUCUCCAACCCUUCAUUCUCAUUAGUAUUAGAUUUCAAACAAUUGAAAAGAAAAAAAACCAAAUCAAUGUGAAACUUUUUACCUAUACCUAUUCAAUGAUUGCUACCCCCAAAAUUUUACAAAUUUUGCAAAGAUGCAGUCUUUGAGUCGAUCGAUGCGAGGUAAAUCAUUUCAUGAGUCUCCGCCAUUUGCAGAGAAGAUCACAGACGACCCUGUGACAACGAAAACCGCACAAAGCACAGUGACUUGCGUCUUCCUUGCCAAUAUUGCGACAUUUUGGCGGAAGGUGACGAUCAUCUGGUGUAAGAACCUCAUGAACCAUUCCCUCAGCAUUCGGAUUGAUAGCUUAGACGGCGAGUUUCAUUAUACGUGCAAAUUCGACCUAAAGCCAUGGCAUUUUUGGAGCAAAAAAGGGUACAAGUCAUUCGAGUUCGAAGGGAAUCAAGUGGAGGUUUAUUGGGAUCUUCGGUCUGCGAAAUUUGGCGGCGGCCCAGAACCGUGUUCCGACUUUUAUGUUGCUCUUGUUUGCGAUGAGGAGGUUGUGUUGUUAUUGGGAGACAUGAAGAAAAAGGCAUACAAGAGAACAAAAUCCAGACCAGCCCUUGUGGAGGCACUUUUAUACUACAAAAAAGAAAACGUGUUUGCCAAGAAAAGUUUUGCCACAAGAGUGAAGUUUGAUGAGAAGAGAAAAGAGCAUGACAUUGUGGUGGAGAGCUCAACGUCCGGCCUGAAAGACCCAGAAAUGUGGAUCAGUGUAGACGGGAUUGUGUUGAUUCAUGUCAAGAAUUUGCAGUGGAAAUUCAGAGGGAAUCAGACCGUGCAGGUGAACAUGCAACCGGUGCAAGUUUUCUGGGACGUGCACGAUUGGCUUUUCAGCAGCCCGGGGACGGGGCAUGGGCUGUUUAUUUUCAAGCCAGGGGCACCGGAAUCAGAGAGCGAUCACGACAGAGAUGGCAACGGCAGCAUAAACAGUGAUAAUAGCAGUGCUUAUUAUUCAACCCAGACAAGUAAUAACUCAACAUCUUCUGACUUCUGCAUGUUUCUUCAUGCUUAUAAGAUUGAGUAAGGGAGACUAGUUUACAGAAAACACGCAAAAAAAAAAAGGAAAAAAAAAGGAAAAUGGUUGUAAAAUUGUAAAUUAUGGUAGUAGGAUUAAUUCAUAUAUAUGGGUACUCUAGUACUCAUUUGAUAAUUAGUAAAUUAAACUUUAUUCAUAUUAUAUAUGCAGGAAAGAAAAUUAAGGU